AUAAUAAUCGAAUUAUCCAAAAGAGCUCAAGCUCUUGCAGACCUUCGCAUCCUCCAUUAAUGGCGGAUUGAGCUCUCUGGUGUGACUGUGUGAGCUCAUGCGGUCCCUUCGUCUCUUCGCCUUCUCUCCCCCUCUUCCUACCCAUCCCGCAGCUCGGCGAGACUCCCUGCCGAGCUGCAAUGGCAGCAUCUCCAGCCCAUCCAAUCCCUUCGUCAAGCACUGCGUCAAGCUCCGUCUCAGCUCCUCCUACCGACGCUCAUCCAGCUCCGCUAUCGUCGUCGGCCUCACCCCCAUUCUUGAGAUUUGUAAGUUUCGGGAGCUCUGGGGAUCAUCGCUUGUUGAUUGUUUGCUUUUGUUGGAUGGAUCUGAAACUCCGGAAGGAUUCCGUGAUUCAUCUGCUCGGAUUUUGCAUGUGAGCUCUCAUGUGAUGAAGAAAGUCUCGGGCUUGCAAUCGGCUGACUCCAUUGAAGCUGUCGCGAUUAUCAAGUUUCCCAGUAGCUUCCUUGAUUUGGAUGGUGCUCAAGAGGGUGCAAGUUGUGAGACUUGGUUUCCUUCUCCUCAGAGGAUACUAGUUCUCGAUGGGAUUCAGGAUCCUGGUAAUUUAGGCACAUUACUAAGAUCCACUAUGGCUUUUAAAUGGGAUGGCGUCUUUCUGCUUCCUGGUUGCUGUGAUCCUUUCAAUGAAAAGGCCCUCCGAGCUGCCCGAGGAGCGUCUUUUCAGCUCCCACUUGUUUCUGGAAAUUGGCUUCAUCUAGAAGCUCUGGGAAGCAGAUUUCAUAUGAAGAUGUUAGCAGGACAUCCAGAUAACUGCUCCGGGAAAUUAGAAGGACCUUCUUUGUUGUCUCAAGAAUUUGCGGAUUCACUAGCAGUCCACCAAAACAAGUUAUUGGUUCCUUGCAAGAUCCAAGCAAAAGUAUCAAGAACAUUGAGGAGGAGGAGCUGGACAAAGAAAUAUUACAUCAUUAAGAUGACAAAACGAGUGAUGAUAGAUCAGUGAAAAAGAUUUAUUUAUUAUUUUAUUAUAUUAUAUUUUAUAAUUUUAUAUUUUUAUUUUUAUUUUUAUUUUAUUUAAUAAUAUGGACAAGCAUAUGAUAAAUUUGUAUUUUCGACUUCUUUGAGUUUGGAGGAGAAUGAAAUAUUA